AUAAACGUUUUCACAGUGGCUCCGACUUCACAUUUUCCCCUCUCUGCGAACGUUCCCGCCGGCGACGGCCGGAAUUUACACGUGGCUGUCAGUUGAGGAACGGGUUAAACAAGAGGUUGAAGAUGAAGAUUUUUGUGAAAACUUUGAAAGGCACUCAUUUUGAGAUCGAAGUAAAACCCGAAGAUAAUGUUGCAGAUGUGAAGAAAAACAUAGAAUCAGUUCAGGGGCAAGCUGUCUACCCUGCUGCACAACAGAUGCUUAUCCAUCAGGGUAAAGUUCUCAAGGACAGUACAACACUUGAGGAAAACAAAGUUGCUGAAAAUAGUUUUGUGGUCAUUAUGCUUUCCAAGAAUAAGGUCUCACCAACUGGAACCUCUUCUACACCGGCAGCUCCAUCAAAUACGGCACAACCUGCUGAUUCCACUGACCAAGCUAGACAGACGAUAACAGCACCUCAAGCUACUGCUGCAAGUGCUGCACCUCCACAAUCUGCUUCUGAGUCUGCUCCUACUCCUGCCUCUGUGCCUGCUGCUGCUAGUCCUGUAACAGAUGUGUAUGACCAAGCAGCAUCAAACCUUGUUGCUGUAAGUAACUUGGAGGGCACAGUUCAACAUAUUCUUGAUAUGGGUGGUGGAAGCUGGGAUAGGGAUACAGUUGUGCGUGCUUUACGUGCUGCAUAUAACAAUCCAGAGAGAGCUGUUGAAUACUUGUAUUCUGGUAUUCCUGCUCAACCCGAAAUCCCACCAGCUGCCCGUGCCCCCGCUGCUCCUGCCACUACUGAUCCUACCAGUGGACAGGCUGUAAACCCUUCAGCUCAGGAGGCUUCACAAGCAACAGUUCCUCCCAGUGGACCAAAUGCUAAUCCUUUAGAUCUGUUUCCUCAGGGUCUGACAAAUGUGGGCUCAAAUGCUGGUGCUGGAAAUUUGGAUUUUCUUCGCAAUAGUCCACAGUUCCAGGCCCUUCGCGCAAUGGUGCAAGCCAAUCCACAAAUCUUGCAGCCUAUGCUCCAAGAGUUGGGUAAGCAAAAUCCGCAUUUGAUGCGACUUAUUCAAGAGCAUCAACCCGACUUCCUCCGCCUCAUCAAUGAACCUGUUGAAGGGGAGGGGAAUGCGUUAGGGCAGACAGCGGGAGCAAUACCACAAGCUGUGACUGUUACACCUGAAGAGCGUGAGGCUAUUGAACGUCUUGAAGCUAUGGGGUUCAAUCGAGCUUUAGUAUUGGAAGUAUAUUUCGCGUGCAACAAAAAUGAGGAGCUGGCUGCAAACUAUCUGUUAGAUCACAUGCAUGAGUUUGAUGAAUGACAUUGGUUAGAACAGGGUGCUAUUUGACCUGUUUUAGUUUCCAUUAUACUAGUUUUGCUUCUCUUCAUUUUAAAUCUAUGACACCCUAUAUAUCUUGCCAUGUGGAGUACAUUUUAUUUCCUGCAGCGGCUAACCUUGGAUACUCGGACCCUUUGUAUAAUGGAUCAUUUAUAUCAGUAAAAUCGUGCCGGCGAA